CGGGGGCGGGGAGGUGGCCACUCAGUCUCCAGCGGCCGGGCCGUCCGAGCGUCCCUGGUGCGGUCUGCCGAGGGCGGCUUCGGGAAAGGGCGAGAGAGAGGCGCCGCCGCCGCGCGCGAUUUGGGAGCGCGGAGGGAAAGUUGGUGGGGCGAAGCGCCGCGGGGUCCGCGCGUCCUGCCGGCCGUCGAGGGGCUCGCUCGGUUGCGCGGCUUUGCCUUGGCCGGGGGAGAGGCGUCGCGUGGAAGAUGCACACGACCCAGAAGGACACCACCUACACCAAGAUCUUCGUCGGGGGGCUGCCCUACCACACCACCGACUCCAGCCUGCGCAAGUACUUCGAGGUGUUCGGGGAGAUCGAGGAAGCCGUCGUCAUCACCGACAGGCAGACGGGCAAAUCCCGGGGCUACGGAUUUGUGACCAUGGCUGACCGAGCUGCUGCAGAAAGAGCUUGCAAGGAUCCCAACCCAAUCAUUGAUGGCAGAAAGGCUAAUGUGAACCUAGCUUACCUAGGAGCAAAACCAAGAAUAAUGCAGCCAGGUUUUGCCUUUGGUGUUCAGCAACUCCAUCCAGCAUUAAUUCAGAGGCCCUUUGGGAUCCCUGCCCACUAUGUCUAUCCCCAGGCUUUUGUGCAACCAGGAGUAGUCAUUCCGCAUGUCCAACCGACCGCAGCUGCUGCCUCCACUACGCCUUACCUUGACUACACCGGAGCUGCCUAUGCCCAGUAUUCAGCCGCUGCAGCGGCGGCGGCGGCAGCAGCCUAUGACCAGUAUCCUUACGCAGCAUCCCCGGCUGCUGCAGGCUAUGUCGCUGCUGGGGGUUAUGGCUACGCAGUCCAGCAGCCAAUCACUGCAGCGGCGCCUGGGACAGCUGCAGCAGCCGCUGCUGCCUUUGGCCAAUAUCAGCCUCAACAGCUGCAGACCGAUCGCAUGCAAUAACGGGUUGACUUGUGAAGGAAAUUUUCUCUCCUUUAAAUUCUGCUCGUAAUUACCUUCCAGCCUUCCAAUAGAAAUAGUUUCGAAAGAAGCAGUUAACCUUAACUACUCCAGCUUUAAGGAAAGUUACAAUGCAAUAGAGUGUUACACACACAUACACACACACAAUAUUCCACUGUCUCUGUACGGUAUGCAUCCAUACCAGGGGUAGUAUUGUAAAGUGGGUAUCGUAACAGUUUCAAGUAUGAGCUUGGGCCAUCGUCCUAUUGUGAAAGGAUGGCAGAAGCUAACAAAUCGAAUCUUUAAUUUUAAAAAGGAAAAAAAAAACAGGAAAAAGAAAAUAUCAGGGAAAAAAUAUCCAGGUGGGCAGUACAUGUAGCCUGUAUCAAGUUGAAGGUGGUGAUUAUUUAAAUGUCGAAAGCACCGGGCUUUCGUCGUAGCUUUUUCACUACGGCCUACAGAACUUUAAAUAAGUUUUUUAGAAAAAUAUAUUAUUAUUAUUAUUAUUCUUGCGAUCUCAUAAUGGGCAUCAAACAAACGAAGGAACGUGGCCUUUUGGGGAAAGGGUGGACAGGCACCAAAGUCUGCCUUCUGUAUGAAUGGAACUAUGGAGCAAGUGGUGUGGAAUUAAUGGGCGCAACAGCUGUGCAGACAGUCAGUAACACAGACCGUUCUGGAAGAGAACACAUCACUUGUGCUCGUUUCAUGAGCUUGUCACAUUCUAAUCUCCUCUCCCCCCCGUCCUGUUUCACUUUUAGGAAACUUUGACUGCUAGUGUCAGCUAUUCCGAUUCUGAAAUAGGAUCAGCUCUUUACUACAAACAGCCUCUUCUUUUUAUUUAUUGUUUCUAUUCAUGGCUUUGAGAAUAAAGGCAGGAAGAAAUUUGCUGAUUUAAAACCUUUUAAGAACUGUGUUGAGGGAUUUGGGGAGGGACGAUUGAUAUGCAAUUUAAUGCCUAUUUAAAGUAUUUAUUAGCAAAACGUUAAGUUUUUUUUUCACGAGACAACUUGUUGAGACUGCAGUUCUUCGAGGAUUAAUGCUAUUGUGCCUUAAUUGUGAUGCUAUUUAAAAUAUAUAUAUAUGUAUUUAUUUUGAAAGUUGUACAAUGCUGCACUCUCAAGAGAACAACUUUAGAUGUGAAACUGUAAAAUUAUGUAUUCAUCUCAUGGUAUAAAUUAUUUAGUAGAUUUAGCAGUAGUAUAUGAAAUAUUAACCUAAUUGACUAAAGAUGCUGACAUAAGUUUUAUUUAAAUCCAAGCAAGUACACCUUUUGCGAUGGUACUUCUAACACUCCUUUUUUAAAAGGUUUUGAUCUUUAAAAUGCUCAUUUCUUGCUUCUCCCUCUCUUACCUUGGUCCUAAACCCUUGGAAGAAAACCCUAAACCCUUUCUUCUCUUGGAAGAAAGCAUUAUUGAUUUCCAUAUAAGUGGGUACCAGUUAAGGUUUGGGCAAUACAUUUAAUAAUACUCCACACUCUUGCUCAGGAGAAAGGCCUUAUGGGUACAUUCCUGGUGUGGAGUGAAGGUGAAUCUGGUAACAGGCUUCAGUAAUUACAUCUGCAAAUAGGAACCGCCAUAGUUAGAUGAAGGGUAUAAACUAGGCAGUUCACCCAGUUAACAUGGUUCCUGUUCACAGAUCUUUCUGAACACCACGAGACUAGAACACAAUAACAGCUCCUAGGCUGUAACAGUAGCAUGGAAUUAGGCCUAAGUCCCACUGAUCUUGCUCAGACUUACUCCCAAAUAGGUAAGUGAAAGACUGGUUCUUACAUGCAUUAUAUGGAAACAGAUUCCAUAUUUUAAUCCAUGUAGCGUGUCUAGGGGUGAGGUCUCAGUGUUCUUUCUUCCAAAUCACAAAUGAGUAGUUUUCACUUUCAUCUCUGUCUACAUUGACUUUUAUUCCUUUGCUAGGAAUUCUGCUGCUUUUACAUUGUCCUGUGAAACUACAAUAACUUGGGAUUUUUUUUCCCUGAACAAAAAUGGAAUUCAAUAUUUUACACUGUAUUGGAAUCUUUUUAUACUUGAACAAUUUAAUACAAGGGAAAGUCAGGAUAACAUUUUUAUGGACUUUUAUUCGAUGUUACUGGAUUUAUUUUAAGUAUUUGGAUACUAGCCAGUGUUACAUAAGGUAGAUAACAUGACUUUCACAUGCAUGUUAUUUAUUAUGUAUAUUGCCUUAUAAUGUUUCAGAUCUUCUACUCUAUAUACUUGUAUUAAAAAUCUUUCCAAAAAAAAAGGUUGAAUCCAGUUUAUUUACAACUGUGCCAGGAACAGACUGUUACCGUAUUAGGAUGCGAAGACCAACUGAUUAAACUGGGCAAUGUUAUCUAUGUUCCGUUUUAAGGUUUAAAUGAGCACUUGAUUGAUUUAGUGCUUUUGUACCUUGCCUUUCUACCCAUGUGGGACCCAACGUGGCUUAUAAGACUUUAAAAAUAAAAACAAGACUAAAAUAAAGACAAGAUAAUCAGGGCUGCAACAAG